GUUGCCGGGGAUUUCAACGUUUUCGGGUGCUUGUGCAAAGAUUUCUGGAGGAUGAACCCUUUCAAAACAGGCCCAGAAUCGAGAAUUACACCAAGAACAGAUGUGCACUUCGAUAUCUUCUCCAGGUUCCAGCCAUUAAAGAUGAUUGCUCGAAAAUCAAAUCAGAAGAUGCCGUGUCGGAUGAAAUGUUAGGCGACAUCAUAGAGGAAUCGAUGCACGUUUUAUGGGACUUCAUCCGCGCCGACAAAGGCGAUUCGAGUGUGAUUCCGAAGACUCCCCAGCAAGCAAAGGUUGCUCCGCAGGACCCUAUUGACUUGGAACUUUUGACGGAUGUUAGAGCAGAUCUUCACAAGAAGGAGAGAAGGUUUAAGGAAAUUCAGAGAAGUAAUAACUGUAUAGUAAAGAAGUUGCAGAAGCAACCACGAGGGGGAAAUCUAUUAGAUAAAGCAUUGUUCCUAGCUCAAGUUGAGCUGAAAUUGGUUUCAAGAGUAUUAAACAUGGUGAAAAUAAGCACGGAUCAGUUAGUGUGGUGCCAUGAGAAAUUACAGAGGAACUUCAGAAGUAGGAAGAUAGAGAUAGAACCCUCAUUUACACUGUUCCCAUGUUAACUUUGGUGGUGAAUAUGUUAAUCACUUGUGAAUAUGUUAUAUACCUCAUUUAUACAGCAACACAAAAAAUAUUGGAAUUUUGAUAC